GCGACCAGGGGAGGUCCCCAUAAAUCCGCUAACCAGCUGUUGGCGGCUUUUUUGCACUUUCGUCAGAUCCAGCUGUUUUGGUGUGAAGACAAGACAGACAGGGACAGACCUGGGAUAAACCAAACGUACUGCUUUGAUGCUCGGAGUUGGACGGCUGCCGCGUAUUGACACCUCGAGGAUUAGAACUAGAGAACAGUCCAAGUGAAGGGUUCCACAGUAACAGAAAUAUGGAUUUGUUUGGGGUUGUGAAUUUGGACCAACUGUCCCAUGGACUGGCUGGUCUGUCCAUGUUUCCAUACUUUGACACGGCGCACUAUAUUGUGUCAGUGAUGGCACUUCGAGAACAGCCAGGAGUCCUGGAGGUGGCGAGGAGGAGCCCGUUUGCCUGCUGGUUCAGUUCUAUGCUGUACUGCUUCGGAGGGGGCAUUCUCUCUGCCCUCAUGAUGGCUGAGGCCCCCAUAGCCCCUCUGUCCAAGAACAUCAACGUCCUCAUGGCCUCGGUCAUCUGGUACCUGGUGUUCUACUGCCCCCAGGAUGUGGUGUACUCCUGUAUUGUCCUCUUCCCUCUGCGUCUGGUGCUGACGGGUAUGAAGGAGGUGACCCGCACAUGGAAGGUCCUGGGGGGGGUGGCUCAGGCACACAGCAAGUACAAGGAUGGACUGCUGGUGAUGAUCGCUAUAGGAUGGGCUGAAGGUGCUGGAGGAGGUUUGAUCAGUAAUUUUGAACAGCUGGUCAGAGGAGUCUGGAAGCCAGAGACUAAUGAGCUUCUCAAGAUGACCUACCCUACUAAGGUCACCCUGAUAGGAGCGGUGCUGUUUGCCCUGCAGCAGACCCAGUACCUGCCCAUCCAGAAGCACCACCUCAUGCUGCUGUACACCGUCUUCACCGUUGUCAACAAAACAAAUAUGAUGCUGACCGGCUCCUCCUCUUCACCCUUCGCUCCCAUCGAGUCUGUGGUGCACCGCACGUUCUUUGCCUGGCCAUCACCAUCCACAUGUACCAUUUUCACCUCUGAGACCAAGACCCCUGUAGUGAAGAAACCGUCCACAGAUAGCUCCUUGACCACUAAGAAGGGCACCGGUGAGAGCUUGAGCGGCGCAGCGGUCCCCGAGACCUCCAAGACCCCAUGGUCCCCGUCCAAGACUGCAGCACACAACAGGGGGAAGGCCUCACAGAAGAAGGCCAAAGAGCAGCCAGAGAACACUGAGACGGAGAGCUGCAAGAAGAGUGACUAGAGCCCUUAUACUGCAUUGUACUGAAUAUGAAUAUAAUCUAUAGAACGGACAGUUGUUUAGCACACUGCAAUUUGACUGGUAAAGCCAUGGGUACACUUAAUGGGGCUGUCCAUUCUAUAAAUUAUAUGUAUAUGCUGUACUGCCCUCCUUAUCCUGGCUAGGACAAUCUAUUCUCUGUGUCCUGUCGUCCUGUCGUCCUGUGUCAUCCUGUCGUCCUGUCGUCCUGUCGUCCUGUUGUC